AUGUCGCAAGGACACACGCAGGAGCAAUUGCUGGAACUGAGACGCAUCCUGUUGCUGACCGUCUACAAGAACACCUUGAAUCAGCUGAUCCUGCAGCAGCGUUCUCAGCGUUUAAAUGCCAAGAAACCUCUCACUUUGCCGGCUUCCCUACGAAGGCGACGCAGUUCGUCCAAUGGAGAAAGGGAAAAACCGGAACGUGUCCUUAUUACCGGAAAGGUGCUGCCCAGACUGGAAUCCCUGCUGGGGGAGCCGGAGAACGAUGCCGAUCUGCUGGAUGAGGAUGUGCUGAAUGCCCUGAAGUUCGAAAGGGAUAUGGAUGCACUGAGAACAAUUUUUGAAGUGGCCAUGAAUGAUCCCGAGUUGGCUGAAAAGAACAUGGAAGAGGUUAAGGAUCUUGGAGAAGAUAUAGAAGAGGAGGAAGCUUUCGAUAUAAAGGAGGAGGACUUGGAAGAGGCAAGUAAGGAAAUCACUUCUGAUGAGUAUGAUGAUUUGAAAAUUAUGAAUCUGCAAAUUAAUGAAAGGCAAAGUCCUAUUGAGGGUGAACAGUUACAAGAUGUAAAACAGCAUGUUAAGGAAGAUGAAACAAAAUUGGAAGUCCUGGAAACCCAAGAAGAGGAAAGCACUUUCCAAGAGGACAGGGGUCUGGAGAAUCUUAAGCAGGCCAUCGCUGCCUUCAGUGGCAACAAGAGCGAGGAGUCCCAGGCUGCCCAACAGCUGCAGGAAUCCAAGGAUGAGCUAAAACAACUCAAAGAGGAUCUCGAAACGGAGAAGCGGGUGACCAAGGACAAGCUGCAGGAUCUGGAGGAGCGCAUAGCCGACACCAAGUACAAGCUGCGCUGUGUCUCCCGGGUCAAUGACCUGGAGUACAGUUUGGUGCAGCGCUGGGAGGAGGGUCGUCUGGCGCAGGGCACCAUUUGGGGUGAGAAUGCAGAGCGGGCCUAUUUGAGGGAUAUCCUGGACAUUCGUCAAAGGCUGGCUCGCGAGGAGCGGGUGAGUGCCGAACUGCGCUCCUUUCGCCAGCGAGAAAUCAUGGAACUGCAGGCCAGGAUUAAGGAGUGGCAGGUGCGCUAUGUCAGCGAGAUGCGACGGGUGGAUCGCGAGGCAGAGUCCUGGGAGCUGCGCAUCCUCGAGCAGAAGAAGCUGCUGCAGCGCCACCAGGAGAUCUUCGAGGAACGUAUGACCUAUGUCCAGGAGUACCGUGCCCAAAAGGAGGAGGAGCAGCGCCUGCUGAAUCUCCAGAUCCACCGCAUCGAGUGCGCCGUUAGAAUCCAGGCCUGGUGGCGCGGCACCAUGGUACGACGCGGCCUGGGACCGUUUAAAAAGAAACCCAAGCGCGGCAAACGGGGAAAGCUUAAGAAGUAG